AUGUUCGACCAAGCCGAUGAGAUUGCCAAGGAAAUCGACUCGCCCCUGGUCGAGCCGACGCUGCUGCUCCAGCGGCGGGUUCCAGCGACGGACCUAUCGCUGCUGGGCCGCGACAACAGGCUGCCGGCAGGCACCCCAUCCAAGCGGAGGGAAAAGGCUGUGAUUGUGGUUCUUUGCCGCAACAAGGAUCUCGACGACAUUCGCCGGACGAUUCGCGAGUUUGAGGACCGGUUCAACCGCCGGUACCUCUAUCCGUACGUCUUUAUCAACGACCAGCCCUUCACCUCCAAGUUCAUGGACUUUGUCUCCCGCUCGACGAUGGCGCAGACCGAGUUUUAUCUGAUUGACGAGGGCACCUGGGAAGUGCCUGGAUGGAUCAACCAGACGGCCGCAGAUAUGGCGCGCGCCAAGAUGGAGAAAGACGGCAUCAUCUACGGAGGCAACCUGAACUACCGUCACAUGUGCCGAUGGUACUCGGGAUGGUUCUUCCGGCACCCCGCUCUGGCCAAGUACGACUGGUAUUGGCGAAUCGAGCCGGGGGUGCACUUUUACUGCGACAUCAACUACGACCCGUUCGUGUACAUGGCCGAUAACAACAAGCACUAUGGCUUUGUUAUCAAUCUGCUCGAGAUCCGUGAGACCAUCCCGUCGCUGUGGCCGAUGGUCCAGCUGUUUGCACUCAAGAAGGGGAUCGAUACGAGCCCGCUGCUCAAGUUCUUUGUCAAUGAGAAGGGCGAGUACAACGGAUGCCACUUUUGGAGCAACUUUGAGAUUGCCCGGAUGGACCUGUGGCGCGAUCCUCUCUAUCUCGAGUUCUUUGACUUUCUCGACAAGUGGGGCGGCUUCUACUACGAGAGAUGGGGAGAUGCACCCGUCCACAGCAUUUAUGUGGGCCUGACACUGCGCAAGGAAAACGUACACUUUUUCAACGACAUUGGCUACAAGCACGAGAGCUUUGGCCGAUGCAUCGACGAGGGCGACCUCGAGUACAUCUGCCACUGCCCCAAGAGCGAGAAGAACUUUGAUGUUUCGGGAGGCAGCUGCCUCGGUGCGUGGCUGGCGUACCAGGAGGUCGAUUGGGGCGUCCGAACCUGCUGGGAGUGCGAGUUGACGACGGCGUAUGUCAAGAAUUCCUGA